AUGUACCCAAGACGAUUCUUGCCCUACGCCAACUCAAGUGCUAUCAACAAUGUGAGUUUUUUUAAUGAAAUGAAAAUUAGACAAUUUAUAAAAUGAAAAUUUUUCAGGAUAGCACCGAAACAUCUAGCAGAACUCGCCCGUACAACAGAAACAACAACAACCAACGAAAAAAUGCCAAAAAUCAUCAAAACCGUGCUUGGAAUGUAAGUUUUUUUUUAUUUCAACUACGAUUAAAACAAAUCGAUACUUUUUCAGAACCAAGGCUCGUCCUCGAGAAAUCAAAGAUCUUUCGGAACCCAAACUGUUGAAGGGAUUGAGUCGACAAUGAAGAUCAGAAAAAUCGAGGGACCAGAACAUGUUGCUCAUGUUAAAUCGGGAAUAACUGAUGCGCCAUCCCGCAAAAUCAAUGCCAAUGAAGGAAACACAUUCGAUGUUGGACAACCUUUUGAAGCAUCUGAAUCUGCCGGAAAAAUCAAGAAGCAAAAUGGAAAAAGUGUAUUGAAGUCAGGUAAGAGAUUUUUCUCAUGCUUCUCACAAACUCAUGAACAUAUUCUGAACAUUGUAGAUUUUUCUAGAAAGUUCUAGAUUCUCCAGAUGUUUCCAAAGUUUUUGAAAAUGAAAAUUAUAUUUUUCCAGGUUGCUCGUCAAACAAAGUUUCAAUUUGGAAAGACAAUUUGUCAGUUGCAUCAGUGAAGUUAGAGCAACUCAACUUGAAAGAUUGUGGAAUUGCAAAUGUUAUGCCAAAUCAUCCCGGAUUUAUUGCUAGCAUCGAUUCUGGAAGUUCAGCUCCAUCUUCAGAUGUUGUUCCACAAGAUGUUCUGAAAAACUCUUUGAAUCAUGUUGGAUAUUGGAAACAAGGAGAAGAUCAACAGAAUGCAGGUGAGCUAGGUUUUUUAGCAGAAUUUAGAAAUCCCCCAGGAUUCUUUGAUUUUUUUUUGAAGAUUCUAUAAAAUUCAGAAAUAUUUCCUGAAUUUUGUAGAUUUUCUAGAUGUUUCCAGGAGUUUUUGAGAAAAAAAGUAUAUUUAUCAUUCCAGAACUUGGUCGCUCGUCGGACAAAUUCUCAAAUUGGAGAGAAUCCUCAUUCGACAAUCAUCUGGAGAAAAAGGUCCGAUUCAAAUUACCAGAACAACAACAUCCACAGAUUCAUGGAGCAACUUCUGGAUUCAUCAGUAAAUCGGUGAAAUUGGAGAUGAUGUCGUCGGAAAAUGUUGGAUACAAUUUUGCUGAACAUCAAAAAUCAACAGGAUCGACGAAUUAUGCAGCGGCUGUUCCUGAAUUUGCCGAAAAAUCGAUCAAAGUUGAAGUUGAUGAUGUUGGAUUUGCGAAUUCGUCUGGAAUUUAUGGAAUGAACCAGCAGGUAACUAUUUUGAAUCAUUUUCAACUAAAAGUUCUUUUCAAAAAACGUUUAUAGUUAUAUUUUUGUUCAAAAAUUUCAACCAAUAUUUUUCCAGCUCUCACAAUUUGCUCAUCCAAAAAAUGUUGCUGAAACUGGUGGUGUUGCUGAAACUUGGGAACAACUUCGUGAAGAGCAGCCAACAACUUCAGGAACCAUGGAUGCAAAUGGAAAUGAAUCGGCAGUCACUGGCAACUUCUGGCAAUUCUGA